UUGUAGUCUUUGGGUCCAUGGGUUUGUUUACAAAACAAAUUACAAAACUUUUAAAAGUAAGUUUAAAGUCAUACUACAUAUUUGUUUUAAUAGUAAAUGAUUUAAUUUAUAGUUAAAAUAAAGGACCAGGAAAUAAAGCAAUGGAGAACUAUCAGAUUGCUCCUGUAAAACUUUACAUACAAGACAUUUUUCGUGCAAAGCAGACUGAAGAAAACCGAUACGUCUACGAAAUGUUCAAUAUAAAGUUUAAAAAAGUUAUGAUACACGGUGUAGUGACUUCUAUUUACAAUAAAACAGCGAAAACUACGAAUUUUGAGCUAAGUGACCCCACAGGUUGUGUGCAAGUAUACUAUGAUACAGAGAAAAAUAACUUCAAAUUAUCUGAAGACACUGUAAAAGACCUAGUGAAAUCAUUCGCGCGUAAAUCCCAAUCUGGACAUGAUAAAAUACUCACAAUGUCUUCAAUGUUAAGUUCUAUAGAAAAAAAAAUUAAAUUUCCUUUUGAUUUUGAAAGCGGUUCACAUGUUUGUGUUAUCGGUGAUAUUUUUGUGGAUAAUUUCAAGAGUUCAAGAAUGAUCUGUGCUUAUAGUUGUAAAACUACUUCUGUUGAAAGAGAUAUAGUGUGGUUAGAGGAACUUAGGUAUUUGUAUGAAAAGUAUUAUUUAAAGAUGCAAGAUGGACUAUAAUAAAAAAAUUCUGAAGAGUCAAUAGUGUCUAUAACAAAGGUCAACAGAAAAAGCUUAUAAUAGACUUCAUCUCAAUAAGAUUUCGUUAAUUGUUCAACACCUUUUGGUUUGCUUUGAAUCUAUCACUGUUUUAGAAUGGUCCUACUAGCAACCAAGAAUUUUUAAUGUAAAAUGAAUAGAAAGUGUUUUAAUUUUAAAGAUUUUUAAUUUAUCAUUUUGUUAUUAGUUAUACUACUUAAAUUGUAAGAUUUAAUAGUGGAUAUGUAUGGAUAUCAUUUGAGUUGUUAUUGCCAAAGAAUUUUUUCAGUAAUGUAUCAAAUAAAACAUUACGAAAACUGUGUUUUUGUUAUUAAUUAAAACUUUAUUUUAA